UUGCAACGGAUUAUGUCCUUACUUCCGCGGUAUUUAAAAGCCAGUCAUAAAAGCGCACGCCUUUCGGAAACGGAAGCGAGAUAUAAUUCAAUUUCAGACAUAUAUCACUUUUUGCACCGCCUUCAGGUCAAAGUCCGUUUUAUGUUCUCUAGAUCAGGGGAAUGGGAAAAGCCACGACUGAACUCCGUAUCACCAUCAUCGAUUUGUUCAAUCAAUCAGAAUGCAUACGACUUCUCACAGAAAGAUUCUCAUUUUCAUAUUCGUAUUGACCGCGCUCAUCUUGCAAAAUGAUCAAAAUGUCGCCUUAGCGCAAGGAGGACAGCAGAACAAUCAGAAUAAUCAAAACAAUCAUCAAAAUGGAGGACAACAAGCCGAUAACAAAACUUCCUCGGCACAGCCUUCCAACAACACUACGAGCAAUAACAAGACAGUGGCGAGCGGACAGAAUGGAAAUCAAACAAACAUUACUUCGACCGCACCUUCAUCUACACCGACAACGUUCCCACUUGCACCUUUGCCAUCUUCAGGUCCAUUGGCAGGUACUUAUCAAGCCCCUUUUCCGGCUCCAGGUCAAGGUGAAGACGGUCAAGAAGCUUUAGGUCCCGAUGAUAAUUAUAUCGCUGCAGCUGUUGCACUCUUACCAACUUCUGCAGUCACUCUGCAACUUCUUUGUACUUUUGCUGUCGUCAUCUUAGCAGGUGCGACGUUGCUGUGAUCAAAAGGGCUCCUUUCCCCAAUCUUUAAUCGAUCGAAGUGGACAGUCACCAACAAACAAACGAGCGAUGAAUCAAGAUUUGAUUUAUAUAUGAUGUGCAAAUGUACAA